UGCUACUUCCUGUAGACAUACUUUUGUUUGUCCGAACGGAACAGCUGGCUGGAAGCGGAUAGAACCAUAUCAUUAGGAAUUAAUAGGAUCUCUAUGAAUAGAAGUUACUGGUCUUGCUGUAUUACUUUUGUGUUCAGUGGCACUCAUCAAGAUGCUGGCGCUAAUUAACAGACUUUUGGACUGGUUUAGGUCUCUCUUCUGGAAAGAAGAGAUGGAGCUCACGUUAGUUGGACUUCAGUACUCCGGGAAAACCACCUUUGUCAAUGUGAUAUCAUCUGGUCAGUUUAGUGAAGACAUGAUUCCCACAGUCGGCUUCAACAUGCGGAAGGUUACCAAAGGCAACGUGACGAUUAAGAUCUGGGACAUAGGUGGACAGCCUCGCUUCAGAAGCAUGUGGGAGAGGUACUGUCGAGGAGUCAAUGCCAUUGUUUACAUGGUGGAUGCAGCAGACCGUGAGAAGGUAGAGGCCUCCAGGAACGAGCUCCACAAUCUGUUAGACAAGCCUCAGCUACAAGGCAUCCCUGUUCUAGUGCUUGGUAACAAGAGAGAUCUUCCCAGUGCGCUUGAUGAGAAGCAACUCAUCGAAAAGUUGAAUUUGUCAGCCAUCCAGGACAGAGAAAUCUGUUGUUACUCUGUUUCCUGCAAAGAGAAGGACAACAUAGAUAUCACUCUGCAGUGGUUAAUCCAGCAUUCCAAGUCUUGAAGGAGCUGAGAGUGUAGGUCCAGCCUGCUUCUGUGAGUCCUCCUUGCUGCCUCUGUGAAGUGGUUCUCUACCGCCCUGUCUACUCUCAACCCACCACCACAUUCUGCACCGUUUGUGUAGUCUUCAAUUCACCACCACAACACCAACCACUGCUUAGUCUUUCAGUUGUCACAAUACUGUGAUGAAGGACAGCGGAGAGUACCUGCUCAUCAUACCUGUUUUCAGUGGAGAAGUUCUACGUGUUUGUGUCCAUCCUUUGGUUUUAAUGCUACUAACUGGGUUCAGGGAGUCUCAUGACCUCCCAGCCCACUGGCAUCAUAUCAGUUUGACUCUGUAUUUAGGUGGUGGAAUCCAGUCUCUUCAUUCAGUAUCUACUCCAGCUCAAUGUCCCCAUUUGGUGUCAAUGUAAUAUUGUUUGAUUGUAACUAAGGUUUUUGCCAAAACACGUCGCAUGUGUGAAUGCCUUUAUAUCCUGACACACUGUGAUAUAUAUAUAUAUAUAUAUAAUGUACGUUAAUUGAUUUGCUGGUCAAUGGACAUAUUUAAUGAUGUAUUUUAUGAAGUGGCUUACAGUUUACAUGACAAAUGGAAAGUAAGACUGUAUGGAAUGCUGUAGUCUGAGCUCAAUCCUAAAAGGGGUCUGCAGAGUUUUAAGUGCCUUCUGCAAAAUCUCUUUGAUUUCUGGAGCAAAUUAGCGUUCCAUGCAAAAGAUGAUCAUCACACCAUACAGAUAUGCUGUACAUAAUGAUCGUUUUGACUUUUGACCCACGUCAUUUACUUAGUUGUCUCUGGACAUGUUCAUUCAACUCUGUAGAAUCCCACGUUAUUUAAUGCACUUGUGUAAAUAUGCUUCAAUAAUGAAAAGUCAUUGAUGUAAAUAGGAUGAAAUGUAGCUUGAUUUGAAGGGGAAGCAGAAACACGGUAGUUCUCCACAUUUUGUGAAAGUUGAAGAAUAAUAAUGAUACUUUUCAGAUUCUAACUGCUUUUUGAGUGUCUGUCUCAUUGGUUACUCUUGAAUUUCAAGCCCACAGAGGGUCAUAUAAGGGUCAUAUAAUUCAAUUGAUCAGAAACCCAGCCAGUGUUACUCAUGGAGGAAGUUAUGGCAGAUGGUGUCACUCAAUUCCUCACAAUGACGGUCAGUCUCCCUCAUCUGUUGUCUGAGAGUUUUACAUGGAUGCUUUGUCAUCUCUAAGCUUUUGCUUGAAUAAUUAUGUAUUUUGUGAAGCCUUACUGAUCCAAGGAAAAUGCUGCAAGCCACAAGAUGUCACCUGUCUUAGUUUCACAUGUUAUAUUAAAGAGUCAUUAUCAGUUC